CUUCAUCCAGGUGACGGCCCGUUCCCCGCUGUGUUGGAUCUGUACACGUUUGGUGGAGGUUUGUCAGAGAAGAGAGCCUCUCUGCUGGCAAACAAAGGGUUUUUGGUUCUGACCGUCGCCCUGUACGGCCAUGACGACAUGCCAAAAGACAUUAAAGAGAUUCAUCUGGAUUAUUUUGAAGAAGUGAUUGAGUUCUUAAGGAAACACGACAAGGUGGGCGGUAAAGGAAUUGGUAUCAUCUCUCUUUCAAAAAGUGGAGACCUUGCACUUUCAGCAGCUACUUACCUCUCAGGUGUUGAGGCCACGGUGUGGAUCAACGGCCACUCUGCAAAUACAAUUUUCCCUCUCUACUACAAGAAGAGCCUUCUUCACCCUGCAUUACUGUUCGAUACAGGCAGGAUAAUACCUUCUGAAUCGGGGGCCAGCAUUGGCAAGUAUGCGAUGAAUAAUCCCCUACUAGAGGAGAACAAAGCUUCUCUGAUUCCCAUCGAGAAGGCAAAGGGACCGUUCCUCUUUCUUUCUUCAGAGGAAGACAUGAACUGGGACAGCAAGACUUGUAUGGACAUGAUGGUGGAGAGGCUGAAGCAUCAUGGGAAGGACAACUUUGAGAGCAUGUGUUACCCUCGAGCGGGGCACUACCUGGAGCCGCCUUAUGGACCCUACUGCCCCUCCAGUUUUCAUGGGCUUUGGGGUCAACGUAUCCAGUGGGGCGGUGAGGCCAGGUCCCAUGCAGCCGCUGAGGUCCACAUGUGGAAGAAGAUCCAGGAGUUCUUCAGGACUAACCUGAGCUGCGAUGAAGAGAUAAAUAACAACAGCUUUGCUUCAAGUUAACUAAAAAAUAUGUAGAGAAUGUAUACCAAGCGAAUGAUUUAAUGUUUGAUUGAUCAUUAAAUAUGUCAUGGAUGA